AUGACGACGUCCGCCCCAACCCCGAAUGCCGAAGCAGAUCCUGAGAAAGCAACCGAAUAUUUGAGUGGCCUACCGUUGUUGUUCGUGGCUAUUGGACUUGCAUUAUGCGCUUUUUGUGUUGGUUUGGACCGAUCGAUAGUGGCCACCGCAGUCCCCAAGAUUACAGCUGAAUUCAACUCGUUGAAUGAUGUAGCCUGGUAUGGUUCGGCUUUUCUCCUCACCACCUGCUGCUUCCAACUGUUAUUUGGAAAACUGUACGCGGAGCUUAACAUAACAUGGGUGUUUCUUGUCGCGCUUGGCAUCUUCGAGGUAGGCUCGGUUGUUUGUGCCGCAGCACCAAACUCGGUAGCCCUCGUCAUCGGCAGAGCUGUUGCUGGCAUUGGCGCUGCUGGGCUCAUGUCGGGCUUCUUCGUGAUAGUCGCGAAGAGCCUUCCUCUAGAGAAAAGACCCGUUUUCACCGGUGCAAUCGGGGCCUGUAGUGGUAUUUCCCAAAUGAUCGCUCCCACUCUUGGAGGCGUGUUCACAGACCGACUUACUUGGCGAUGGUGUUUCUGGAUCAACCUCCCCCUUGGAGCAGCGACCGCACUUACCGUUUUCUUCUUCCUGAAGCUUCCGAAUGAUGAGAAACGUUCCAUUGGGAACAUCAAGGAGUUUCUCAAUAAAUUAGACCUCAUUGGCAGUCUAUGUCUGAUGCCAUUCUUGGUUUGCCUCCUCCUUGCCCUCCAGUGGGGUGGAACGACAUACACUUGGAGCAACUGGAGAGUCAUUCUUUGCCUAUGCCUCUUUGGCGUUCUCCUUAUCGCCUGGAUCUAUAUCCAGUACGCCAAAGGCGACAAUGCCACUUUACCCGCUCGCAUAGUCCGCCAGCGAUCGGUGGGCUUUGGGCUACUCUUCUCGUUAUGUACUUGCAGCUCCAUGUUUGUAGUUUCAUACUACGGACCCAUCUGGUUUCAAGUCGUGAAAGACACCACGGCCGAGCAGUCGGGUAUCAACUUUCUUGCGGCGCUCGGUCCAAUGAUUGCUGCAUCCUUUGCAGCUGGUGCUUUGACGUCUCAUAUUGGGUAUUACGUCCCGCAAAUGAUGGUUUGUGCAGUGAUCACCACAGUCGCAUCAGGCCUCCUGUACAUGUAUGAGCCCGAUACUACAACAGCAUUCUGGGCCGGUUCUUUGGUACUCUUUGGGUUCGGCAUUGGCUCAGGCCUUCAGAUGCCUCUAGUAGCCGUACAAACCGUACUCAAAGGAGGUGACAUCUCCAUGGGCACCUCAGCUAUGGUCCUUUCCCAAUCUAUGGGUGGCUCUAUCUUCCUUGCUGUGGGGCAAAAUGUUUUCCAGGCCAAGCUGAUUAAAGAAUUGGCAUCCAGGGUUCCGGACCUGGAUCCUCAGAUCGUGAUUGAACAUGGAGCGACUGGUCUACGGACAGCUAUAACAGAACAAUUCGGCAGCGAGACAGCGCGGGGCGUUUUAGAAGCAUAUAACCUUGGACUACGACAGUGUUUCCUAGUCUCAAUCAUCAUUUCCGGGCUGGCACUGUUUGCUUCACUUGGCAUGGAGUGGAUCAGCGUUAAGAAGGAUCAACGCCAGGAGAGUACGAAAGCUGUCUAA